AUGACUAUGAAUCUAUCUCAUUCUCAUGGCAUUUUGUUGAAGAGGAAUGGAAACAUAGAGCGAGUGACAUCAUCUUUCAUGGGUUUGUUUCUUCUUUGGUCACUCUUGUUGCUUCAUUUGGUGCUUCAGGUUUCGGGCAACGCUGAAGUUGAUGCCCUGAUUGCAUUGAAGAACAGUUUGAAUGAUCAGAACAGUUAUCUUGGUAGCUGGGAUGCCACCCUUCCCAAUCCAUGCACAUGGUUUCAUAUUAAAUGCAACCUCGAUAAUAGCGUGACCCGUGUUGAUCUUGGAAAUUCAAACCUGAUGGGACAACUGGUUCCACAGCUUGGUCAGCUCCCAAAUUUGCAAUACUUGGAACUUUACAGUAAUAACAUAACUGGGAAUAUACCAAACGAGCUUGGAAAUUUGGCAAACUUGGUGAGCUUGGAUCUUUACUCGAACAAGUUUACUGGUCCCAUUCCUAACACACUGGCCAACCUUAAAAAGCUACGUUACCUGCGUCUCAACAAUAACAGCUUGACCAGAAACAUUCCUAUGUCUUUGACCAAUGUUAUUACCCUCCAAAUCCUUGAUUUAGCAAACAACAACUUAUCAGGAGAUAUCCUAGCCAAUGGUUCAUUUUCAAUGUUUACUCCUGUCAGUUUUAACAAUAAUCCACUCUUGAAGAACAAAUCCCUUCUAGCUCCGCCACUUGUUCCACCACAACAAACUACGUCAGGUAGGAGUGCCACUGGGACUAUUGCUAGAGGAGUUGUUGUGGGUGCUGUUCUGUUGUUUGCAGCCCCUGCAAUUGCGCUUGCUUAUUGGCUUAGAAGAAAGCCAAAGGAUUAUUUCAUUGAUGUUCCUGAGGAGGAUCGUGAAGUUCACCUUGGUCAGCUUAAAAAGUUUUCACUGCGUGAACUGCAAGUUGCAACAGAUAGCUUUAAUAACAAAAACAUUCUAGGUAGAGGUGGAUUUGGAAAAGUUUAUAAAGGACGCUUAGCAAAUGGUUCUCUUGUUGCAGUAAAAAGACUUGAAGAGGAACGCACCCAAGGCGGGGAGCUACAAUUUCAAACUGAAGUAAAAAUGAUCAGCAUGGUUGUGCAUCGAAAUUUGCUUCGGCUGUGUGGUUUUUGCAUGACCCCUACUGAGAGGUUACUUGUAUUUCCUUUCAUGGUUAAUGGAAGUGUAGCAUCUUGUUUACGAGGUACUAAUGACCCUAACUGGUAA